AUGACAGAAGGUUCUUUCACUGAAUCAGAGCCUAAAAUGGAGCCCUUUGUCCCUCCGGAGCUAUCUAUGGAUGAAAUCCGCAGUGCCAUCCCUAAGAGGCUGUUCAAGCGUCACACCCUUCGAGGGGUUUUAUAUGUUAUCAGAGACUUUACCAUGGCUGUUGCACUGUGGUAUGGUGCACGCCAUAUUGACGACCUUACCCGACCACUCGGCGGUGUCAGUACACUAGCCUUGAUGCUGGUGGUUCCAAAGCUUGGUUCUCACCGGGAUGUGGGCCAUCGGCCACGAGGUAUGCUUUCAGCUCAGGGACAUACGCUGCUAGAUGGCUCACCAAAGCGCAUCAGUGUGUUCACGGGGCUUUCUCUGAGAAGAAGUGGCUGGAGGAUCACACACCACCAGCACCAUGUGUACCAUGGGUCAAUGGAGCGAGACAUGGUCUAUGUUCCCUGGACCAGAUCAGAGCUGAAUGUCCCCGAGGACAAGGAAGGCACACUCGAUUACGAGGACUAUCUAGGUGACACGCCAUUGUAUGCAUUCCUAAUGCUUAUGCGCCAGCAGUUUCUUGGGUUCCCUGCCUAUUUCUUGUUCAAUGCCUCUGGGAAAAGAUCGUAUCCGAAGGGAUCGACGCAUUAUAACCCAUACGCUGUAAUGUUCCUGGAUAGCCAGAGAAGGGCGGUCAUCCUGUCGAACAUUGGCACACUGUCGAUGAUCCUCCUGGUGUACUUCGCAUGCAGGACAUGGGGAACAGCUGCGGUGGCCAUGUACUACGGCAUCCCAUGGCUGUUCGUCAACCACUGGGUCGGCAUGGUGACAUAUCUACAGCAUACCGAUACUGCCCUGCCUCACUACCGUGCCAGCGCGUGGAUGUACACUCAGGGUGCUGCUUCGACCAUCAACCGCGACUUCCUGAGAUGGAUGGGCAAGUUUUUUCUGCAUGGCGCCUCUUAUUAUCAUGUUGCCCACUAUUUCUUCCCCAAGAUGCCCUUUUAUCAUCUUGAAGAGGCUACUGUACACCUGAAAGCUGUUCUUGGGGACCAGUACUAUUCUUUGACAAAGCCGGUUUUCAAGGCACUCUGGGACACCUACAAUAAUUGCCAAUUUGUGGAGAACACAGGUAAAGAUCUAUCUGAUUAUCCGAUGGGUUAUGAGCCAUCUGUGCAGUUUGCUACUGAUACAAACAUACGGGAUAUUGUCUUCUUCCACAAUAGGAAGGGACAGCCUGUCAGAGAGCUGGCUGCCGGUACUGAUAAAAUAAAAAUCUGA